AUCACCCGGCGCCAGGCCCUCCCUCCAGCCCGCCCCCCCUUUCUCCUUCCUUCCUUCCCUCCCUUCCUCUCCCUCCCUCCCUCCCUCCCAGCUCCUGCACCAGGAAACAGCCCGGAUCCCGGCAGCGGCCUGACCCGGCUCCACGCUGGCCGGUAGGAUGAAAGGCCCCAGCUGGGGGCUUCUUGCCACCAGUGCUGGGUCCUAAGAGCUGCCAUCCAGACUGGCCGCCCGCAUGGCGACCCCAGCCUCAGCCCCAGACACACGGGCUUUGGUGGCAGACUUUGUGGGCUACAAGCUGAGGCAGAAGGGUUAUGUUUGUGGAGCUGGUCCUGGGGAGGGCCCAGCAGCUGACCCGCUUCACCAAGCCAUGCGGGCAGCUGGAGAUGAAUUCGAGACCCGCUUCCGGCGAACCUUCUCAGAUCUGGCAGCCCAGCUGCAUGUGACCCCUGGCUCAGCCCAGCAACGCUUCACCCAGGUUUCUGAUGAACUCUUCCAAGGGGGCCCCAACUGGGGCCGCCUUGUGGCCUUCUUUGUAUUUGGGGCUGCGCUGUGUGCUGAGAGUGUCAACAAGGAGAUGGAACCACUGGUGGGACAAGUACAGGAAUGGAUGGUGGUCUACCUGGAGACACGGCUGGCUGACUGGAUCCACAGCAGUGGGGGCUGGGCGGAGUUCACAGCUCUAUACGGGGACGGGGCCCUGGAGGAGGCACGGCGUCUGCGGGAGGGGAACUGGGCAUCAGUGAGGACAGUGCUGACGGGGGCCGUGGCACUGGGGGCCCUGGUAACUGUAGGGGCCUUUUUUGCUAGCAAAUGAGAAAGUCCAGGGCCAGGUAGGACUAAGUGUGGCUGGGGGACCGGAGAGCAGGAACAAAACAGAGGCCCUUGGAGGAAGUGGGGUGAAUGGAUGGGCAAGGAAUGGGGCGGGCAGGGGAAGGGUAGGGGGUGAGGGAGCGGAGUGUGUCAGGCAGGUGGAUGGAAGGGUAAGCUGGAGACAUUGGGCAAUGUAUUGGGAAGAUCAGGGGGGCCAGGAGGUGGAGUCAUUCCAGGGAUGGGGGGAGGUGGCAGGGGUCAUGACUAUAGGUGUGGGCACACCCAUCGACAUCUUAUCGGGAGCUUGGUUUGCAGCUCUGAGAAAGGGGAGCUUACACAAGGAAUUGCAUCUCCAUUGGAUGAGUGGGACUUGGGGAGAACACAGGAGAUGCAUCCCUUUGGAUGGAAGCUCACGGGGUCCUCGGGGUAGGGAGAAGUGGCUGUAACGGGCUGCUGGGACAUGCGUGUGCAUGUGCACGCGUGCUCGUGUGCAUGCUGGGCUGCUUGUCUAAUCUGGUGGUGGGAUUCUUCCAGGAGAAAACAUUCCCUCUUGCAGUGGCAAGAACAAGGGACAGUUGUCUGCCCCCUCCUCCCAAACCCCUCCUUCCUUUUCUCUUGUCCUGGUGCCUCUAGGCUGAGGGAGAAACACUGUAUCCAGACAGAGGCCUUUGGGCACUUGCCUGCAGAAAGUAGUUGGCAGGGCAUUGGAGAAGAGAGCAGUUCUGCAGCAGGCCUUGUUCCUUCCUCUCCUCCUUCCUGUGCAUCACACACUUGCUGCUGCUUCCUGGGCUCUGACAGACAGGCAGGGCUGCAGAGCUUGGGUGGGUAAAGGCUUUCGGAGCUGGAGCUGUCUGCUGCCCUCCUCUCCCACUGAGGCAUCACAGUGCCUAGAAGUGUUCCCUAUCUCUGGGACUUCUGUACCCAAAUUUAAACACUAAAUUGGGGCUCCAGCUAAUUUUCCUUGAGUGUGUGGACAUAAAUGCUGAUCUAGAGUCCAGUCUAGGUCCUGCAGUAUGUCUCAGUGAGACUGAGAGUUGAUGCCUUGAGAGAAACAUUUCCAGCUCUGAGCCCCACGGAUGCGAGGGUGAUGUGUACUCUGUGAUCAGUCUUUCUGUGCGGUGGGCUUUGGUGCUGCUUUAUCAGGGGCCAGGUUAUGGGUUCUAGAGUACCAACCAUGACCUAGAAGCAUUCAUAUUUUCUUUGAAGACACGCUGUUUGCAUGAGUGUUACUUGUCUGUACCUCACAAUCUGGGGGUGUUGAGAGCUCACAGUCCUCUAGAACAGAUUCUGGUUAUAACUUUUCCUUUUGAAUAAGAAAAUAUUCACUCCAGAUGCAUGCCCUGAGCCAGACCUCACUGCUGCACUUUCCAAGGUGCUAAAAUUGCUGCUCUUCAAUUCUGACUUCAGAUGCAAAGUGCUCUAGAACCCUGCCCUUGAUCCCGAGCACCAAUCAGCUUUGCUAGAAUAUGGUUCGCUCUUCUUGGAGAUUUUCAUUUGGUCCCAGAAUAUGGCAACUUAGUUGUGCUCGUUAGACUGUGGGAUCAGAAUUGGCCUCAGGUGUUUAGUCCAGACUUUUGCUUUUGAGAGAGGGCUGCACUUUUUAAUGGUAUUUAUAGGGGAGGUGGUAGGCUGCAUGUGCCACUUGGUCUGUCGUGAGUAUGCUGAUAGCAGAAACUCAGAGCUGGUCUGUGGCAGGCAAUUGGGGUGGGGGUGGGGGGUCUCUGACUUGCUCAGGGCAAACUAGGCCAGUGGUUUUCAAACUGCUUGGCAGAGCCCCAAAGUUUCCUAGGGGUUGCCUCAGGAGUCCUUGGGGAGAUGGAAUGGGAGCUGAGCAGGCUGGGCAACUUGCCAUCAAACAGAACAGCUCCCCAUGUAGUUGUCUUACAUAUCGGGGUUCAGGGUAAGAUUUUAUUUGAAUUAUAGGGUUUGCUGCUGGAAAAAGUUGGAAAACCACUGACUAAACCAUCAGCUCCAAAUUGGAGCCUGUGCUCCCCCAAGUUUGGGGCAGACUCUUCACCCUCCCCUCUACCACAGGAUGCCUAUCCCUGUUAGCUUUCCUUUAGCAGUAGGGGCAAAUGCCCUGCUCUGGGCCUUCACACCUGGCUGGAAGGAGGGGCUGUUUUCUGAAAAGGGUAAAGGCUUGGUCUGGAUUCCUAGAAACAUAGCUUGGAUGGGACCACAGUGGGCAGUUUUGACCUGUCCUGCCCUUCUUAGCUUGAAGGGCAAUGGAAAUCCCAGAGACUUUUCUGUCAGGGAAAACUAGGGACUCUUCUAGAGCCAUAUAGUUCCUUGGGAUUAGCUCUUAGCCAAGAAGGCUGAGUACGGCUCCCGAUUUUUAAAUCCAUUUCAUUUAAAAAAACAUAAAAUAAUGUAAUUGCCAUUUUUCACAGAAUAAAUAGGUGGAGAGGGUGUUUCUUGCUCUCCAGAGCCCAACGGGACAAAUAGGGACUUUGCUUUGGCCAAGGAAAGAGCGGAAGUAGGGCAACUAGGUCCUGCAUUUAUUAACCCCACUCCCCACUUAUUUUAGGGCAUAUAUUAUUUACUUUUUUAAAUCAUAAAAUGGCGGGAGAACAGAUUUGGUUAGUUUAGAAGAAAAAAGCUCUAUAAAUAUAAAUAUAUAUUCCUGUAUUUUUAUUUAAUAAUUUAUAAAUACCAAGUUCAUUUGACUUUUAUUUUUGUGUAAUAUGUAAUGGUCGUAUUAAAAAAAAAUAAAUAAAGCCCAGAAGUUUAAUGAGGACUGA